AUGCCCAGCUUCUUUCAGUUCACGCAGGGCACCGAGUCGCAUGUCCGUCCCAACGACUCGGCCCCUCUUCUAGGCCGUUUCCGCGCUGUUCCUCCUCGCCCUGGUGCCGUCGCCCGUCGGCGCAGUCAGCUUGGCCUCUUAUCGAAUACCGCUGAGAAUCGAGGGAGCGUGCAUAUUCUUGGAUACGGUGCCUUUGAUGCGCAUGCCGACGGGGACACAGAUGAUAGCGACUACGAGUUUGAAGAUGAUCGGACUAUUUGGCAACGUGCAUGGCAACGAUGGGUGUUGGAUAUUUGGGUCAAUCCAAGACAGUCGGCGGUGAAGAGGGUGGUUGAUAAGUGGUGGAUUCGAUAUGCAUUUCUGGUGUUGAUGCCAGCCUUGUUGGCUGUUGCAUGGUGCGCUAUUCCAUUUCCCCAAUACAAAAUUCCCAACGAGGACUUUGACGACGGAGACGAAGACAGUCUACCGGACGGACGUAAGGUACCUGGCCACGGAGCUGCGCGAGUCCAAGUCAACUUCUGGUUCUUUCUCUUCGUCUACUACAGCUUCUACAACCUCACCGCUCUCAUCUGGAUCACCAAGGUCUUCAACCUUUACAGCCUCAAUUGGUGGCCACAAUCCCUCGGCUUCCCACUUACAAUGUCACUCAUCGCUAUCUUAUCCAUCGCUGUGCCGAUUCCGAUAUACUAUAACGAGGAGCUUCGCGAUAUUCUUCUUCACAACACAGCUUGGAUCUCUUGGACAUUCAUUAUCAUGGCUUUACCCGUUACGAUAGCCUUCAUCAUUCUCACCACAAACGAACGACAUAUCGGGCUCCGUCAUUCCCUAUCAGAGACCCAACGAAUUUUCACCACGUCUUGGUGGACUGGAGAACCGGACACGAUCAACGGUAGGGACCGUAGACGUCGAAAUGUUACUGCAGAUUUGUUUGAGGCCGAUGUGACUCAAGUUGAACCCGAGCCGCGACCGCAAGGCGUUAGGAUGCGCAGACGAUGGCUACCAGCAAGCUUUGUUCGCUUUUUGUGGUUCUGCGUUGCUCUCUUUAUUGGCCUCAUGGCUUAUGUGAUCGGAGAGGCGUAUGCUGAGAUCUAUCUUCGGACCUUACCACACAACACCUUGGAAACAGCGGUAUACGUGUACGGCUGGGUUGCUACGGUGCAUCUUCUAGACGCCUUGAGCGGUUGGGUUCUUGGCAUCCGAGAGGGCGAACGUGUUGGAAGCUAUCCUUUAAGUUGGAUCUUCAAACUAUACUUCAUGCUGACUUAUCAGAUGUACGUUCGCGCACUAUACGCCCGACUUCGUUCACCGAAACAGUUCAUCACUCUUCAGAUCAUGUCGUCAACAGGCCUUGUUGUUAUUACGCCUAUCAUGAUGACCUCGUUUAUGCACAAGACCCUGACUUUGCUGGGACUCAACGGACAGAGCUUCGGGUCUUAUCAGAAGCUUCAAGUUCGCAACAUCUUCAUUCGGUUUCUUGCCGAAAACGUGUCCAUGGUUGCAUUCCUUGGAAGCAUUCUGGUUUUGCAUUUCGGUGCCAACAAGGAUGUAUACCCUUAUUUCGCUUUCGACACCGAGGGCGAUGAAGAGUACAAUUUUGGCCUCACCUUCUACGCCUCGUCCGUGACGUGGGCAUGUGAGCUGGUGGCUAGUCUAGUUGUGCGGGGUCUCAUCCGACUCUGUUUCCAAAUUGACGUUGGCCUGGAAGGGAAACUCGACUUGGCCGUUUGGCCGGAGCUGAUGCCAACACUGUCAUUCCAUUGA